AUGGCAAGUGUUCUCACAGUUCCCUGCCAACCCCAAUUGCUGAAGAAGCACAGGUUUCAUGGAUAUUGUCAUACAAAGGCAUCAUCAAACUUAGUGAUUAGGAAUGAGAAAACUUCCUCAUUCAGUUAUAGAAGCACAGUUAAUGUUCCUCUUUAUGAGUUGCCAGGGGCUUCCUUUGAUCAAUAUAUGGACAACAAGCACAGAAUAAUCCAAGCUGUAUUUCCUGAUAAAGGAACAACUAAGCAGCUCAAUGAGGAAGAGUGGAGGAUAAAAAUGCCUCCUAUACAAUGCUUAUUCUUGAAUGUGCAGCCAACAGCAGAUGUUAGAUUAACAUUCAAGUCAAAUGGAGAAGGAUACCCACCUAACAUACCUCAUCAUAUCACCAAAAUUCUUGAGCUUCACUUUUUAAGAUGGGAGCUACAAGGCCUCAGUAGCUUUUACAUGGAUCCUUACAACUUCAACCUAGAUGUUAAAGGUACCAUAUACCCAGAAAGGAGGGGAACACAUAGCUGGCUUAAGAAUCAAACUGAGAUGAAGAUAAGCUUUUGUGUUUCUCCAACAAUGGCUUUCAUUCCUGAAAAUGUCUUACAGGAUACUUUUGAGUUGGUUUUCAAAACAAUGUUGGAUGAAGUAAAGAAGGAAUUCCAGGGUAGAUUAUUAGCAGAUUAUAGCAGGUUCAAGAGGAACAAGUUGAACAAGAAAUCAGUCUAAACAUGCUGUUCAAUUCUAUUUGUUGACAACUUGAUAGCAAAGGGUUGUGAAGAAUAUUUGCAGCCAAUUGAAUCCAUGGAUA